CAGCAAUCGAGGAGCAAGAGCAGCGGAGCAUCUUGGAGCAAAUUCGCGCAGCACUCGUUGCCCAGAAACGCUCCUCGGACUGCCGCCUCGUCCCUCGAUCGCUGGUGAGCCGCCACUCGCCUAGAGAGCAGCUCUCCCUGCGCUAACUCAGCGCUGCUCAGAGACGCCAAUUUGCGCCGCCGCGGCGAGCGGGGCGCACAAAAGAAGAAAGAUGCUCGACGGCCGCGACUGGGACGCUAGAGAACAUGAACAAAUAGCACAAAGACAACGCGCGUUCCAGACCGGAGUAUUUUUGUGCAUGAUGCUCCUGAUGAUGGACGUCCGGGAUCCGCGGGCCGUGCAGGAGGAAGCUUUGAGGAGAGCGAGAGCCGAGGCGGAAGAAGCGGCUUUGCGGCGGCAGGCGGCGCCGACGUGGCUGGACAACGAGAUCGUCGGCGAGGGGUCGACGCAGAACGUCACCGGACUCUAUAGAGGAGGCUGGGUCUACAACACUCAUAACAGUUCUACGGGCCCCGGCGGCCACGAAGGGAGAGCUGCCUUACAGAUGGACAUGUUUAGGGUGGCUUCCAUUGAAAAAGUAAGUGUAGUGAGAGCAAUGGUCCAGCUGGCGGCCCCACCGGGCGCCGGUCGGAGCGGCGACGUCCUCGCGUCGGCGUUUGGCGUCUACUUCCACGGUUCGAGACGCGUGGCGCUGCUGGGGAACGUCGGCGAGCCCUCGGACGAUGGUGCGGACCCGGCGUCUUUGUUCAUUCGCGCCGCGGCGGCCUGGCGGGGGACACGCCAUCGACGCGACGUCUGCGCGACGGCGUGGAGUUGACGCGUAAGAUUGGUCGGCGCCGCCGCGAGAGAGAGCCGACUCGACGCUCCCGCAGGCGUCGACCUCCGGAAGCGCGCGAACGCGACCCAUGAUGACGAUGAUGACGAAGCAGAAGAGGAGGACCGGCCCUUUCUGAGGAGGAACCGGACGCACCGCCCCCACAAUCGCCUGAGGCGCCACUACGACGCACAGACGGGCCGCCGACUCAUUGCACGAUUGGCAAACAAGCACCCCUUCGUCAGAGCUCAUUUAGCUUCGAAUAGUGGUAGUGCGGCGGCGCUAUCCAAGACGCUGACCGACGUGACGUCGAGGCGCCUCGGGGAGAAGCAGCGGACGCGCCUAUCUACUAGAUCAUUACCGGACUCGCUCUUUGAGGGCGGUUCGUAUGAUUUGGUCGUGGCGCGCUUGUUGGGCAAGAAGGAGGACAAAGAUAGACCCAUGGAUGCAGCAGUUACAUCUACGGUAGUGGAAGAUACUGAAGAUAGAGCCAAGCUUAGGGUCGACCCCUCCAAAACUCUCAAAGGCUACGGUCAGACAUUGUGGAAGAACGGCGAAUGUGCGCUGGAGAUCGAUCUCGUAGCGUCGGACGACAAGAAAACGCGUAAAAGUGCACCAUCAAAGAACGCGCCCUACGUCACCGAAUUGAUCGGUUCCGUGCGAGCGCCGUCCUGCGGCUUCUCGCUCACAGUCAACGCCUCGGCAACGCGCGUCGACUGGCGCGCCGCCGAGGACCAGGCGUCGUGGUAUUCUUCAUUGAUGACGUUCGUUUGCGUGUGGCAGAUUUACGCGUUGUUCAAGCAAUUGCAUUUUUGUAGGACGCAGGCCGUGGCGCUGCGAGUUUCUCUCGUGUCGCUGGGCAUGCAGGCUUUGUGGGAUGCUGUCUUAUGUGUUGCGAAUUUGCUGCUCUGUGCGGCGGUGCCUCAAUUAUUUAGUACGUUCACGACUGUCGCGUUUUUGGAAUUGAUCGUGUUCUGCGUCAUUGAGAUGAGGUACUUGUUAUUAGUGUGGCAGGCCCACGACCCGCAGCGGAACUGGGACGCCGCGGGCUGGGUGCAGCUACGAAGAGAGUUGGCUACCGUCCACGCGCACUUCUACGUCGCUUUAGCUGUCGUACUUUUAGUUUUGUACGCUUCGAGGGACGAGCCUUCUCUCAUACUACUCGCGGCGUCGUCGUACUGGGUGCCCCAGAUCAUUCGGAACGUGAAAACGAACGCGAGGGAGCCGGUCUGCGACCAUUACCUGUAUGGCAUGGCCGUUUCUCGUUUAUUGUUACCGGCCUACCUACUCUUGGUGCAGGACGCUCUGCCUCGCGUCCUGAUGGUGCCGUCACCGUCAGCAAUCACACCUUCACAAAGAUUGAAAGUCUUCCUCUCGUUAGUUGUCUGGCAAGCAAUACAAGUUGGGCUACUCAAACUCCAACGUAUCAAGGGCGCUCGGUGUUUCGUGCCGGACUAUUUAGUACCGAAGCCCUACGACUAUCAACGAGAUCCAGCACAUAUUUUAAGGGCGGCGGGCGCCGACGGCCCCGAGUGCGCGAUAUGCAUGGGGCCCGUCAACGCCGUGACCGGCGAGUUCAUGGUGACGCCCUGCGACCACAUGUUCCACGAGAUUUGUUUGAGGCAGUGGAUGGACCUGAAGAUGGAGUGCCCGGUUUGUAGGGCCGCCUUGCCGCCGACGCCGAACGACGAUGAGGAGGGGGUGGGGGAGCCGGCGGACUCGGCCGUAUAAGUAGUUGACUUGUA